CGGCUCUGUGCACUUGAUUGCUCGGUGUGAGGCAGGGACAAUUUGGGAAGAGCCCUGAGCCCUAGCUGCCACGAAGAGUGAGUUGGCGAGAGGGAGGAGGAGCGGUUUUCUUUCUAAAAGAGCGGUUUUCUGGAAGGCAGGAGCAGAGAGAGAGAGAGAGAGAUUGGGCGUUCUGGAGGAGAGAGGGAAGGGAGUGGGGGUUUGAGGUUACCUUCUCCUUUAUUUCCGAAAUAGAGGAGGAGGUGGAGAGGCUUAAAGGCGUUCUAAUAACUCCGCCGUUCUUCGACCCAGGCACCCGACUGCGACGCCGCGUCUUUAAUGGGGUAAUUAGAGAGAAGGGCACAAAGGAGGAAUUGGUAGUACCGGUGCUGCUGUUUCUGAGGAGAGGAGACUGAGAAAAAAGAGGUAGAACGGGACGUCGUUCCGUGGUGUACCGGUCGGCUGGACAGGAGAGCACGAGGAUGGAGGCAGGAUUGGGAGAACAGGAUCUAACCGAGGAGCUAUGGAGGUUGUGCGCGGGGCCGCUGGUGGAGGUUCCGCGUGAGAAGGAGAAAGUCUUCUACUUCCCCCAAGGUCACAUGGAGCAGUUGGAGGCGUCGACCAACCAGGAAUUAAAUCAGAAAAUUCCCCGCUUCAAUCUUCCUUCCAAGAUUCUUUGCCGUGUUGUUAACGUUCAACUUAGAGCCGAGCCUGAAACAGAUGAAGUCUAUGCUCAAAUUACUUUGCAUCCACAGCCAGAUCAAAGCGAGCCUACAAGCCUUGAUCCAUCUCCUCCUGAGGCUCGAAGGCCAACUGUCUAUUCCUUCUGUAAGAGUCUAACGGCCUCUGACACGAGCACCCAUGGUGGGUUCUCCAUUCUCCGAAGACACGCCACCGAGUGCCUUCCUCCAUUGGACAUGUCGCAGCCAACCCCAACACAAGAGCUGGUUGCUAAGGAUCUCCAUGGUUUUGAAUGGCGAUUCAAACAUAUCUUUAGAGGUCAACCUCGGAGACACUUGCUUACUACUGGAUGGAGCACCUUUGUCACAUCUAAGAGAUUGGUCGCUGGAGAUGCAUUUGUUUUCCUGAGAGGUGAGAGUGGAGAAUUGCGUGUUGGGGUAAGGCGCCUUGCGAAGCAGCAAAGCAUGAUUCCAACAUCAGUGAUAUCAAGCCAAAGUAUGCAUCUUGGAGUGCUUGCAACUGCAUCGCAUGCUGUUUCAACUGGUACUCUGUUCAUCGUUUGCUACAAACCAAGAACAAGUCAGUUCAUCGUUGGUGUCAACAAAUACUUGGAAGCCGUUAAGAAUGGAUUCACAGUUGGGAUGAGAUUCAAAAUGAGAUUUGAGAGUGAAGAUGUUCCUGAGAAAUGGUUUACUGGGACUGUAGUUGGAGUAGAAGAUGUUUCUUCUCAGUGGGCUGAUUCUAAGUGGAGAUCACUGAAGGUGCAAUGGGAUGAAGCAACAAAUAUUCUACGACCGGAUAGGGUUUCUCCAUGGGAAAUCGAACCUUUUAACACCCCUGCUCCUGCUUUAAAUGCCGCGCAGCCAGUGUUGGUCAAGAACAAAAGGCCUAGGCUACCCAUGGACAUGGUGGGUUAUCCAGUGCGUGGUAAACAAGAACCCACAUCGCCAUUUUGGUAUCCAGGGACGACCCAUUCUCAUGAGUUAGAUGGAUUAAGUAGUGUUGAUGCCAACAGCACUGAAACUCAAGUCAUCUGGCCAUGCACGCAGAAAGAAAAUAAGGGAAAUGGUGUUAAAAAUGGUCCUGGCUCUUGCGACCCCAUGGUAUUGGAUGGCUGGCUGAAGGGCUUGCAUUCCCCGAUUAAGAGCCCCGCAUCCUCACUGACAGAUGUUUCUCUGAAGCACGAAACCAAGGUCGCUUCGUGGCCUGUUAUUCCUGGCUGUAUGAUGGAGGAGCCAACGUUGAAGUUGGGUAAUGGUGUUGAAGAACAGAAGAAGCCUGAGGUUCGUAGCAGUAGUUGCUGGUUGUUUGGGAUUGAUUUAAUGAAUCAUUCCAAAAGCACAACCAUUUCUGAGAAGGCAAUUGCUGCACCUGCUUUGAGCAAAUCUGCUGCCCCCAUUGAGGGUCCUUCGAAGGCAACCGCAUCAGUGAAUGAAUCAGACCGGCAGUCCGGGCUUUCGAAGUCUUCUAGAGAGCAGAAACAAGGCCAUGAUUCCAGUCCAAAAGAGAUCCAGAGUAAGCAUCAUGGGUCAACCAGAAGUCGCACAAAGGUUCACAUGCAAGGCAUGGCAGUUGGCCGAGCUGUGGAUCUAACAAAUCUAGAAGGCUACAACGAGCUGAUAACGGAGCUAGAACAGAUGUUUGAGAUCGAAGGAGAGCUUCGCCAGCGGAACAAAUGGGAAGUUGUCUUCACUGAUGAUGAGGGCGAUAUGAUGCUAGUGGGCGAUGAUCCUUGGCCGUUGUUUUGCAAGAUGGUGAGAAAGAUAUUCAUCUAUACAAGUGAAGAGGUGAAGAAGAUGAAGCCCAAGAGCAAGCUUUCUGCCGCUCCAUCCGCUGAGGCUGAAGAAGCCGGUGGUACCCUGGUUGAUGCUGCCUUUAUUCCAAAUGAACCUAAAGCUGUAUGAUCAACGGGGUAGAAAUACUGGAACGUUGGCCCCUUGAACCUUUCUUUACAUGUAGUUUUGUCUUCAUUUUGGGAGGGAAUUAUUAACUCGAAGAAUUCCUUUAUGCCUUGGGGAACCAACAAGAAGUCGUAUCAUCAUAUAAUUUGCAGCUCGGUUUUUUUCAGAGCCUUCAACAGUGUUGGAGUCUAUGGUUAUAGAUAUUAAGCUAAUGAUGAUUGUUUAGAUUGUUCCAGUAGUAGUAGGUAGGUUAAAGGAUGGCAGGACGAGUGAACGGAUGGAUCCCGAAAGUGUGAAUAUAAUGGUCAUUAUCUAGUUUAGUCUGUUGUCUUCUUAUAUGUAAUCGUGCUUUAGAUUUUCUAUGCUAUAUGCUUGAACUCUCUUUGUACAUAUAUUUGCAGUAUAUGCGGUCUGUGUAAUUGUCCUUCACAGGUGUAAUGUCCGUGUUUGUUUUCCUAA